AUGUUUGACUUUGCAGCGAUCGUCUCUUUUGGAGGGCUGCUUUAUUGGACCAGCGGACCGCUUUGUAAAACAUACCUGAAUUAUACAAGCGAAUUCAUCCGCAAGGUUCUUAUCGAAUCUACAAUUUCAACAUCCGAGAAGCAUUACAUUACUUCCGACAAUAAGCAGGCAUUUCAGUGGCUGAUUGAUGAGAAAAGGAAACUCAUUUUUUUGGUAUUUUGUACCUAUGUUAAUGCCCUGUCUACAAUUUCAAAUCUGGAGCUUAUCGAUUCUUUUGGAAUCGGUAGUAAAGGCUAUCCAGCCAUUUCAGAUUAUGUACAGAAAUAUUUAAAUGAAUCCAUUUAUAAUAUAUUGAAAGUAUCGAGUGUAUCCUGUGCCGGGGAUCAAAUCGAGUGCAUAGAAACUCCAAUUUGCUUACAAGAUGCAGAACCCAAACCCUCCUCAGACCCUGCCAAUCGACAGGCGAAACAACCGCUACGAAGGUCAAAGAAAAUUAAUCGAAAAUGGGACGAUCCUUAUUAUAAUGGAGAAGAUAACGAUCUUUCCGAGCUGAAUUUUGGCUCUGAGGAUCAGACGGACCAAAAUAUUCAAACCUCCUCGAUGAUUUCAUUGACCGGUAUCGGGGAGGAAGUUCCAGAACUUAGGAAGGCCUCAUCAAAAGCUUUAUCCCCAAAUUCUGGAAUACUGUCUUCCUUGUGGGGAAAGAUAAAUGAAAUCAGCGGAAUUUCAAAAUGCCUUUCCCACGAAAACCUCGCCUCCCCUCUUUUAACCCUAAAGGAAUCGCUAAUUGCAAAAAAUGUUGCCGAGUCUGUGGCUUCUGAGGUUUGCUCUGCCGUAGAGAGGAAAUUAGUAGGAAAAGAGCUUUCUGCAUUUUCGGCUUCAGGAUCCCUAAAUACAAUCAUAAGGGAUGCCACCUCCCUAAUUAUCCAGCAAAUACUUACACCAUCAGACGACAGUAGAUUUUCCAACGACAUUUUCCUCGGAAUGGCUGAGGCAAAAGAGCAAGGACGUCCUUUUGUAGCUGCCCUUGUUGGGGUAAACGGGGUUGGAAAAUCUACUUCGCUUUCGAAGCUUGUAUACUGGACUCUUCAAAGGGGAUUUCGAGUAUUGGUUGUCGCUGGUGAUACUUUCCGAAGCGGGGCUGUGGAGCAGCUUUCCGUUCACGUUAAGAAUCUCUCCAAAGUGGGUUCUGUCACUCUGUUUGAGCGUGGAUACGGAAAGGAUGCUGCCUCGUUGGCAAAAGAAGCAAUACAACAUGCCAAAGCAAAUGCAAUUGAUGUCGUCUUUAUCGAUACAGCUGGUCGCAUGCAAGACAAUACGCCGCUUAUGAAGUCUUUGGCAAAAGUGAAGUCGCUUCUAAUCUCAAUCGCCAAUCCGGAUAGAAUUAUUUUCGUCGGAGAGGCCCUUGUGGGAAAUGAAGCAGUCGAUCAGCUGCUCAAGUUCAAUGCAUCUUUGAUUAAAGAUGCACCGCUAUCCUCGCCCACAAGUAGACCGAGGAUAAUCGACGGCAUCGUUCUGACAAAAUUUGACACCAUUGAUGAUAAGGUUGGUGCCGCAGUAUCGAUGGCACACAUAUCGGGAGCACCGAUUCUAUUUGUCGGAGUUGGCCAGACCUAUUUAGAUCUUCGCAGAUUGAAUGUGACCUCUGUGGUGGAUUCUCUUCUCGGAGUGUAG